UGAUUCCGGGUGAACAUCUGACCAUUAUAUAUGGUACAGAGACAUAUGUGAGGGGUGAUGAGCAGAGUACAGAGGACAUUCCUACAGAUAACCAGCCAGAUGACUGUACCAGGAACUCAGAGAAAGAUAUGCUAUCUCUAGAUUUUGACGUAGAUGAUUGUGGUAUCACACAAAAUACAUUUGAAGAGCAUGCCAAUAUCCAAGAUAUACCCUCAUCCAAUCACAGCAACAAUGCAUCAUUUGAUCCUUUUAAACAGGUCCGAUCUUUUGAUUCAUCACAGACUGAAACACAGAAUAAAAGUCACAGAAAAGGUGUUAAACAUCAAACAGCUAAUGUAAGAGGGAAGCCGUUUUCAUGUUCAGAAUGUGGAAAAUGUUGUAACAAUAAAUCACAUCUUGUCAUACAUCAGAGAAUUCACACAGAGGAAAAGCCAUUUUUAUGUUCUGAAUGUGGAAAAUGCUGUAACAAUAAAUCACAUCUUGUUAUACAUCAGAGAAUUCACACAGGGGAGAAGCCAUUUUUAUGUUUAGAAUGUGGAAAAUGUUUUAACAAUAAAUCACAUCUUGUUAUACAUCAGAGAAUUCACACAGGAGAGAAGCCAUUUUCAUGUUCAGAAUGUGGGAAAUGUUUUAACCGUAAAUCACAUCUUGUUGUACAUCAGAGAAUUCACACAGGGGAGAAGCCAUUUUCAUGUUCAGAAUGCGGAAAAUGUUUUAACUAUAAAUCGGAUCUUGUUGUACAUCAGAGAAUUCACACAGGGGAGAAGCCAUUUUCAUGUUCAGAAUGUGGGAAAUCUUUUAAGAGUAAAUCAGAGCUUGUUAUACAUCAGAGACUUCACACAGGGGAGAAGCCAUUUUCAUGUUCAGAAUGUGGGAAAUGUUUUAACUAUAAAUCGGAUUUUGUUGUACAUCAGAGAAUUCACACAGGGGAGAAGCCAUUUUCAUGUUCAGAAUGUGGAAAAUGUUUUAACAAUAAAUCAGCUCUUGUUAAACAUAAGAGAAUUCACACAGGGGAGAAGCCAUUUUCAUGUUCAGAAUGUGGGACAUGUUUUAACCAUAAAUCAGCUCUUGUUGUACAUCAGAGAAUUCACACAGGGGAGAAGCCAUUUUCAUGUUCAGAUUGUGGGAAAUGUUUUAACAAUAAAUCUGCUCUUGUUAAACAUCAGAGAAUUCACAUACAUCAGAAGUCAUUUUCAUGUUCAGAAUGUGGCAAAUGUUUUAACAAUAAAUCAGCUCUUGUUAAACAUCAGAGAAUUCACAUAGAUCAGAAGCCAUUUUCAUGUUUCCAAUGUGGAAAAUGUUUUAACCGUAAAUCACAUCUUGUUAUACAUCAGAGAAUUCACACAGGAGAGAAGCCAUUUUUAUGUUCAGAAUGUGGGAAAUGUUUUAAGAGUAAAUCAGAUCUUGUUAUACAUCAGAGAAUUCACACAGGGGAGAAGCCAUUUUCAUGUUCAGAAUGUGGAAAAUGUUUUAACCGUAAAUCACAUCUUGUUAUACAUCAGAGAAUUCACACUAGAGAGAAGCCAUUUUUAUGUUCGGAAUGUGGGAAAUGUUUUAAGAGUAAAUCAGAUAUUGUUAUACAUCAGAGAAUUCACACAGGUGAGAAGCCAUUUUCAUGUUCAGAAUGUGGAAAGUGUUUUAACAAUAAAUCAGAUCUUGUUAUACAUCAGAGAAUUCACACAGGAGAGAAGCCAUUUUCAUGUUCAGAAUGUGGGAAAUGUUUUAACCGUAAAUCACAUCUUGUUAUACAUCAGAGAAUUCACACAGGAGAGAAGCCAUUUUCAUGUUCAGAAUGUGGAAAAUGUUUUAACCGUAAAUCACAUCUUGUUAUACAUCAAAGAAUUCACACAGGAGAGAAGCCAUUUUCAUGUUCAGAAUGUGGGAAACGUUUUCAAAAUAAAUCAGAACUUAUAAUACAUCAGAGAAUUCACACAGGGGAGAAGCCAUUUUCAUGUUCAGAAUGUGGGAAAUGUUUUAACCAGAAAUCAGAUCUUGUUGUACAUCACAGAAUUCACACAGGGGAGAAGCCAUUUUCAUGUUCAGAAUGUGGGAAAUGUUUUAAGAGUAAAUCAGAAUUUGUUAUACAUCAGAGAAAUCACACAGGGGAGAAGCCAUUUCCAUGUUCAGAAUGUGGGAAAUGUUUUAACCGUAAAUCAGCUCUUGUUGUACAUCAGAGAAUUCACAAAGGGGAGAAGCCAUUUUCAUGUUCAGCAUGUGAUAUUUGUUUCACCCAUAAAUCAUCUCUUGUUAAUCAUGAAAAAAACCACAUAUAAGAGAAGUCAUAUUCAUGCUGGUAACUAACUGGCUUUUAGUUACCAGAGGUAGCUGAGGGCUUGGAGCGAUGAUUAGGACCGCUGUGAGAGCUCCCCAAACAUAGUCUCCUGUAUUGAAUGAAUAUUGGUAAUCAAAGGACAGAUCCAGUUAAAAGUGAAACUAAAGUUUUUUUUUUUUGUAUAUACAGUAUAUCUCCUCUAAACACAAAUGUUUGGUGAAAAAAAAAAAAAUACAGUAUUCCAUUCUGCCUGUUAUCGGUAUGGGGACCCUCCAUUCCUGUAAAACUGCAAAUGCAGGGGCUUAUAUGUGAAAGUCCAAAAAAUAGUGCUGGAUUCCCACAAGAGCUGGUGUCCAGACAUGUGGAAAAAGGGGCGUCAUUCACACUAAAUGGCCAGUUAUUUGCAGUCAAGUGAAAUGACCGAUAGGAUGUAACAUAGUAACAUAGUUUAUAAGGCAGAAAAAAUACAUCUGUCCAUCCAGUUCAGCCUGUUAUCCUGCAAGUUGAUCCAGAGGAAGGCAAAACAAAUAAAAAAUAUGUGAGGUAGAAGCCAAUUUUCCCCACUUUAGGAGGAAAUUAUUUGUUCCCAACUGAAAUCAGAAUAACUACCUGGAUCAACGACCCCUCUCUAGUAGCUAUAGCCUGUAAUAUUAUUACUCUCAGGAAAUACAUCCAGGCCCCUCUUGAACUCUUUUAGAG